GUUUGGUUAUUUUCUGCACACAACAAUCAUAGAUAUCCAAAGAAAGUACCAGAAACAUAUUAUUAUUUUCUGAAGAAAAAGAUCUAAAGUUUUGUACCCUGAAAAAUUCUACCUCCAUCAAAAAUCUUGAUUAAAGUUGAGAAUCUUUGUUUUGUAUUGUUUUCCAAGAAAAUCUUGAAGUGGGUCUGUUGAUUUGAGUGGUUUGAUCUGAAAAAAUGGGAGCUGAAGCUGAGGUUGUGAUUCAAAAGAGCGUUCCUGUCUUGGAUGUGCCAAGUUCUGAAGUGGAUGUGAAAUCCCCAGAAACGUCUGUUCUGCAAUUUGUUCCCAGCAUUCGUUCUGGUAGUUUUGCUGAUAUUGGGCCACGAAGAUACAUGGAGGAUGAGCACAUAAGGAUAGAUGAUCUGUCUGCACAUUUCGGUUCACUCUUUAAUUUUCCCAAGCCAAGUGCAUUCUAUGGGUUAUUUGAUGGCCAUGGAGGGCCUGAGGCAGCAGCUUAUGUUAGAAAAAAUGCAAUCAGAUUCUUUUUCGAAGAUGCUAAUUUCCCACAAACUUCUGAAGUUGAUGAUGCAUUUCGGUUAGAGGUUGAGAAUUGUCUAAAGAAAGGAUUUCUUCUGGCAGACAUGGCUUUGGCUGAUGACAGUAGUGUGAGCACUUCUUCUGGGACAACUGCUUUGACAGUUCUUGUACUUGGAAGGCUACUAAUGGUGGCAAACGCAGGAGAUUGCCGAGCUGUUCUUUGCCGGAAAGGAGAGGCAAUUGAUAUGUCUCAAGAUCAUAGACCUAAUUAUGCAUCAGAGCGAAAGCGCGUAGAGGAAUUGGGUGGGUUUAUUGAUAGAGAUUAUCUCAAUGGUGUUCUAGCUGUAACUCGGGCUCUUGGGGAUUGGGACAUGAAGUUGCCUCGGGGUUCUCCUUCCCCUCUUAUUGCAGAGCCGGAAUUUCGUCAAAUUGUACUGUCGGAGAAUGAUGAAUUCCUCAUAAUGGGGUGCGACGGGAUCUGGGAUGUUAUGUCUAGUCAACAAGCUGUUAAUCUCGUGCGUCGUGGGCUGAGACGACAUGACGAUCCCGAGCAAUGUGCCAAGGACCUUGUGAUGGAGGCCCUGCGGUGCAACACUUUCGACAAUCUCACCGUCAUCAUAGUUUGUUUCACUUCCCUCGAUCACCCGGAACCAUCACCGGGACGCCAACGAAAAUUUAGGUGUUGCAGCCUGUCAGCAGAGGCUCUGUGUAACUUGAGGAUUUUUCUUGAUGGGAAUGGCAACCAUUGACUGUCUAGUUACUUGAGAUGGGCAGGAAGGCUGUUUAGGAUUGCGGGGAUGGUAAGAUAUCUGUACAUAACAAUUGGUUGGCCGGUGGUGAAUUGACUAUUUGGUGGUCCAUUUUGAGCAUCACGACUCUGUGUUAUUAUGGAUGGCUUUUGCUUCUAUUUUCACUCACUAUUUGAUGUGUACAUAUAUUGAAAAGAUUAUAUUAUUAUGUUGGCGAAUUUAUUCAGUCUCUAUUUUCUUUU